UGAAGAGCCGCCCCCCCGCGCCAUAUGGUCUCUCUUCAACAAGACCAUUGGCUACAGAGACAAGACUUGGACGGGCUGAACAAAAACAUCGACCAUCUCACUCCGCGUUUUCCUGACAAGCUGUGACCUAACCCCCCGGCGUGGUGCCUUGUGUUUUCCACUCAGAAUUCACCCACAAACACCCCGAAACACAACUACAUCCAUCGCAUACCUAAACGGCUAGUCUGCUAGCUACGGUGCUCUCUGACGUUUUUAUUCCCUAAAAUGAACGGCCAGUUGAACGGUUUCCACGACCCGCUCAGUGAUGAAGACUGUUUUCUUUUUACUUCUGAAUCUGUCGGAGAGGGACACCCGGAUAAAAUUUGUGACCAAAUCAGUGAUGCUGUACUGGAUGCACACCUCAGGCAGGACCCUGACGCCAAAGUAGCAUGUGAGACUGUUGCUAAGACUGGGAUGAUCCUGCUGGCUGGGGAGGUUACAUCCACGGCCAGUGUUGACUACCAGAAGGUUGUCAGGGAGACUAUCAAGCACAUUGGCUACGACGACUCCUCCAAAGGCUUUGACUAUAAGACCUGCAAUGUCCUGGUGGCUUUGGAGCAGCAGUCCCCUGACAUUGCUCAGGGUGUUCACCUGGACCGCAAAGAGGAGGACGUGGGGGCUGGUGACCAGGGUUUGAUGUUUGGCUAUGCCACUGAUGAGACUGAGGAAUGCAUGCCCCUCACCAUUGUCUUGGCUCACAAGCUCAAUGCCAAGAUGGCUGAAUUACGCCGGAAUGGAACUUUGCCUUGGCUCCGACCAGACUCCAAAACUCAGGUGACUGUUCAGUACCGACAGGAUCGUGGUGCCAUGCUCCCAAUGCGUGUACACACCAUCGUGGUCUCUGUGCAGCAUGACGAGGGUGUGGGUUUGGAUGAGAUGCGUGAUUCUCUGAAGGAGCAGGUGGUGAAGGCUGUGGUUCCCGGUGCUUACCUGGAUGAUGACACCAUAUACCACCUGCAGCCGAGUGGCCGUUUUGUCAUUGGGGGACCACAGGGUGAUGCUGGUCUGACGGGUCGUAAGAUCAUCGUCGAUACUUAUGGGGGUUGGGGGGCGCAUGGCGGCGGAGCUUUCUCUGGCAAGGACUACACCAAGGUAGACCGCUCUGCUGCUUAUGCUGCCCGCUGGGUGGCCAAGUCUCUGGUGAAAGCUGGGCUCUGCAAGCGUGUUCUAGUCCAGGUAUCAUAUGCCAUCGGAGUUGCCCAUCCUCUCUCUAUCUCCAUCUUCCACUACGGGACCUCCCAGAGGAGUGAGAGGGAGUUGCUGGACAUUGUGAAGAAAAACUUUGACCUCCGUCCAGGAGUCAUUGUCAGGGAGCUUGAUCUGAAGAAGCCCAUCUACCAGCGCACAGCAGCUUAUGGCCACUUUGGUCGUGAGGUCUUUCCAUGGGAGGUGCCCAAGAAGCUCAAAUACUGAGCCACUCCUCUAACCUCCCAGCGGGCUGUUGGUGUACUACAGAGAAACCGACAUGCCCGCCCCCUCCCCUCAUGCCAUCACAACCUCUCCUAAAAGCAAAGAUGUCUUCCCCUGUCCUCCUUCACCUGCACUGUAUUCAUCCUUAAAGAGAAAACAACAGAAUGUAGAUGCCAAAAUUUAUCAAUGAAGUGACAAAAUAGUGUCUAUGUAUUGCAUCACCAUAAACAAUAAUUCAUGUUAUUGGGUUAUUAGCAAAAAAUGUAAUUAUAAUGGUAUGUCUCAUUAUUAAGACAUUUUUAAUGUACUACUGAGUUCUUGACCACAUUGGUAACUAUUUUUACCAGUGCCAUAAUUAGCCAUAACAUGGUAAAUCAUAGCGAACGAGCAAAAUGUUGGCCAAGUUGUGUUAUGAAUUGUUAGUGUCAGGUGGACUAAUUUGUACCACUUUGUAAGAGUUGUUAUGCGCGUUUCUUCCUCCGUGUGCGCAAUUUUAUCUUCUCAUUUGAUGACAUUUCUGUAUAUUUAGCAACACUCCCCAGCUUUUAAAUUCAGAAUCUUUCUACAGAAUUCAGUUGUUAAGGUAAUCAUGGUUAGUAUCUUCUGUUGCUUUCUCUUUAAUGGCUUUUACACUCCCUCUGUAUACUCUGCUGUCUCUCACUCUUUUUGUAUUGUUGGUGAUUUGCCAUCACAGACAUGUCAGCUCUGUUGUCUCCACAACCCUCACUCUAUCUUUCUCUGUCUGGAGAAUUUGUUGGCACAAGUAGGGUUGAAGAUUGCUUUAAGUUGCUGCACAUGAUGGGAUGUUUGCCUGCUCCCCUUAAAACUCAGAGUAUGAUGAUAUAUGCCAGUUGUUCAGCUGAGUAACAUACAGUGCAACUUUAGUCCCUCUGUGACCUGUGUUGUCCCUCCAGACCACAUUUUUCUGACGUGUUACAGAGAAGUCAGAAGCUGCUAAUGACUUUGUGGUUAUGUUGGGUUGCACAGUGAAAUGACACCUCCUGUGUUGUAGUAUUUAUUUUGUUGGUUAACAUACAACAUGAAUGUUCCAUGUGUUGCUCAGUUUUUCAUGCUCUACUGACCGAGAUAAAGGCAAGGCACUCCCUCGCCCCAGACGGUGACUCCAGGUGUAGCUACAGAGAAGCCCGGGCUCAGUUGCUGCUGGGGAGGGGCAGCCUUUAUCCUAUGAGAACACCAUACUUGAAAUAGAAUUAUGUUAGACUAUCUUUUGGGACCUUACCAAUGUUGGCGUGCACGGAAGGACAGCUGUGAGAAAAUGUGAAUCUUGAGGCAUUUUUUGUAUUUUAAAAUCUAAAUUUAAAUUGUAAGUUGGCCUGCACAUACAUAGGGACCUGACCCCUCAAGGGAGGGGAUGUGGAUAAUUUUUAUAGAAGAUGCAUCACCUGUCCACUGGCUCACAAGUGGUACCCUUGCAAUUAUUUUUGUGUGGCUGCUGAGAAUGAAUGGCAGUGCUACAGACGUUUGUUAAAAGAGUCAGCUUGAUGAGUAAACCACAAAAUACAGGAAAUACAGAAAUAACUGGAAAACAAAUCUGAUUUCACACUUAGUCAAAAGGAAAUGCAUUGUAGCAAUUAUGUUUUUGAAACUCACCUAUCUGCUCUGUUCUCAUCCAGUAUGUCUUCUCUUUUUAACCCGCCUCCCCAUAGAAAGUAGGAUAAGUCAACUAACUUGUUUGAGGUGCAGGACUGCACAGUGCGUUGUGGAAAUUAGGGAAGUGUUGGCUCCUUUGUGCACCUCUACGACCUACAAUAACCCAUGAAACCCUGUGCUAUAUCGGGACGCCUCAGUGGCUCACCUGGUAGUACAUAUACCAUGUCAUACUCAGAUUAAGCUGCAGCGGCUUGGGUUGGAAUCCAGCCCAGAGCCUUUGCUGUAAGUCAUCCCCUCUUUCUGCCCUGUCUGUCCUGUCUUCUUUCUACUUUGACUAAUAAAAAAGCAGAAAUGCCCCCCACGCCCUCCAAAAGUACCUUCACUUCUUAGCUCCGCAGACGUGUUUUUGUGUUUCUUAACUACAGUCUGAUUCCGGCUGUAGACGUGGGCAUUUCCCUGCAUUGUUGUGCCUGUUUUACCAAUGGACUUAGUUUUCUAUGGAAUGCGCCUUUAGCUUUACAUUUGAAAUGAGUGAGUUUGACACAUAAAUUAGUGCCAUGGUUUACCAAAACUGGAUGUUGGUUUGUUGUGCAGGGUGCUGUGUAUUUGUGUCCUAGGUAGUUUUCUAUGAAUGCUGAGUUUGUACCUUAAGAGGUGAAAUAUAUCAGGAUGAUGAGUUGUGCUACCAGAGUGUGGCGGCUGCUUUGCAUUUGUUUUCGAACAGUGUGGAAAAAAGUGUUUGAUAUUCAACAUAGAUGGGUUGCUGAAGGAAAGGUCACCAAAACUGACAGAUUUCAUUGUCUGGCCAACAGGAAUGCUGUCACCAAAUUUCAUGGCGAUCCACCAAAAAGAUUUUAAGAUUAGCUGCUCUGGUCCUACCUGCUGACAGACAGGCUGACUGACGUGGUGACGUGUAGGCCCCUGCUUCCCAGCACAACCUGACAAUUGGCAGACAGUCCAUCACAGGACAUUCAGUUUGGUUUUUUGGUAGUUUAUCAUUAUUACUUUAUCAGUUUAUCAUAACUUCAUAACGCGUUGAAUGAGUACUUCCAUAUCAGUGCAUUAUGCUCUGCUUACUGCCAGUCACAUCCACAGGGUAUGUCAUUGUCUCAGUUUCCCCCACUUAUUCAUAAGUAAAGCUUUUUCACAUAUAAGCAAGGGCUGAACUUGCCACCCAAACACUUUGCCAUGACAUUUUUUUGUAUUAACCCCUGGUGAGCUGGUGAGCCACUUUCACCAAAUCUGCAUGUUGUGGACCGCAAGUUCAUUCAUCUUAACCACCAUUUUCUCCUGAGAUGGUGAGCUCAGUCGCGAUGACGUCUGUCUUGCUUUUUCAGCCGGCCUUGCCUCUUUUAGCUUACUUGAGCAACUUUCCACUCAUUUUAAGCUAGUCUCAAUGUCUGGCUGAGCCAUAGGGGCCUCAAGCAUCUGGCCACCAGAUUUGGGAAACAGGACAUGGUGUCUGCUUGGUGCCUGUCAGCCAAAGGAAGUUUAAAAACUGUAUUUUAUACAGUUCAUUUGUGGCCUCUGGUUCCCUGCUGUAAUGGAUAUCUUGGUUGUGGACAGUCUCUUUGCUCUGCACUUUAGAGUCCCUCAUACGUGAAUAUUGUCAAUUAGCUGAAUAGAUGGUUGUAAUAUGGUGAAGAGUGCCAGGUUAUGAUCUGUGUUCCUGCUCUCAGAAGAGACCAUCUCCUGUUUAUGGACGCUUUAAGACUCAUUACAAUCAAGUUAUUCUAUACAAGUUGUCCCUUGUAUGUACUGUGUGCAGCUUAGUGUACAGCUGCUGUGUCUGCAAGAAUUAUCCACAUCAUCUAGCCAAGUGGCCCAAGUUCCCAUGCAUAUGUAAUAGUGUCAUAUUUAACUGAUGGAUCCUUUAAUUGCCUCUUUUGGCAUCACCUUGUGGUUCCUAGAGUGUAAUACAGAAAAACUUCAGGUUGCAGCCACAGUGUGAUGCUGAGAACAUUCUAUAUUAAUUCAUCUUUGAGUGGUGAUCUGGUCAAAUGGCUGGGCCUCCCAAAAGAUAUAUAUAUAUAUAUAUAUAUAAAGUUCAAAUCCUCCAGCUUGGCCACAGAUGUGGGCAAAAGUUUGGCUGGUGUUGUACAGAGAAACCAGCCUGUUUACAUGCUCACCUGUGGGCCUUUGAGGAGGAGUCCAUUUUAUUUCUCUAUGCUAAAUAAUAAUUAAAAAAAAAAAAAAAAAAACUUCAAGUGGGUCUAUCAGUGCUGUUACUGAAAGUGUAAAAGUGCCUUUUCUAAUUUUUUGCUCCUCCAUAUUCCCUGCCAUCACCUGCAUCCUUCUCUUUUCACCUCACCUGAGAGUUUCAGUAGCUGUAUCACCUCCCUCAAGCCUCUGAACACCUCAGACACUACUCACUCCCACUUUGGACUUUGAUGACUGUCCCUCUGGUCAGUAUGUUGAAUAAAGAUUCCAUCCCCAAGUUG